UCAAACUCGGGCGCUGAGGCUCGCCUUCGCCCUCCUCCCCGCCCCGCCCGUCUCGGACCAAUCGGGAACGUGCGCACGUGACGAGCGUUGGCUGCGAUGACCUCAUCCCUGGUGUGGGAUGACGUCAAAUUCAAGAUGGAUGGAAUCACGGCGGUGGUGGCGGCAGCGCGCGCGGGCGAAUCGUAAAAGAAGACGGCCGAAGGGAGUUGGAAAAGGGGUGCCUGUUCAGCACUGGAAAAGACUACUUAAAAUACAGUUUUCAAGGAAACUGCAGAUUAAGAAGCAGGUACAACCCGAAAUCUUGAUAUUUCCAGAAUUCUGAAGUGUAUUCAAGAGUAAAGAGAAGUUUUAUGAGGGCGAGACCAAACCAGUGGUUUCAACAUACAAGAAAGGAGAUUUCAACUAAACAUUAGGAAGAAUUUCCUGAUGGCAAGAACUGCUAUACAGUAGAAUGAACUGCCUCAGAGGAUUCUGGGCUCUCCUUCAUCAAAGGUGAACCUAAACCAUGGAGGGACUUCUGCAUUAUAUAAAUCCAGCACAUUCUAUUUCUCUCCUAAGUGCUUUAAAUGAGGAACGUCUGAAAGGGCAACUCUGUGACGUUGUUCUUAUCGUAGGAGACCAAAAAUUUCGAGCUCAUAAAAAUGUUUUGGCUGCCAGCAGUGAAUACUUUCAGACUCUGUUCACUAAAAAAGAAAAUGAAUCUCAGUCAGUUUUUCAACUUGACUUCUGUGAACCGGAUACUUUUGACAAUGUAUUAAACUAUAUUUAUUCAUCAUCUUUGUUUGUUGAGAAAAGCAGCCUUGCUGGAGUACAAGAAGUGGGAUACAGUCUUGGAAUUUCUUUUCUCACCAACAUUGUUUCUAGAAGUCCUCAAGUUCCUUUACCUGCAUGUCCCAUUAAAAAAAUACUGUUCCAUGAGGAAGAUGAAAACAACUCACAGAAAAGGAGUGUUAUUGUUUGUCAGACCAAAAAUGAAACACAGGGGGAAAAUGUUGUUCAAGCCCCACAAGACAUAAGCCAUAGUUCUAAACCCUUAUCCUCAGUUGCUGUCAAAACAAAGAGACCACAAGUAACACAGUCAACUGAGUGUUUGCAUAGUUUAUCACUAAAUGAAAGGAGAUGGCUGAAAGAUAGUUCUUUAAGAUACUCAAAGUCUCAUGAAACUUCAGGUGCGGUGGAUGAUCAAAGAACUAAAAGGAAUACAAUUUUGUCCCAGAAACCAUUUGUAGACAAGGAAAUGAUUGCAGAUCAACCAGGAGGAAGUGAUCAACUCCUAAAGGGAAAGGCAGCAGAAGUGCCCUUGAAAAGGCCUUGUCCACCAGUCAUGCCUCUCUGUAGCUCAUCAGAAUCUACAUUUUUACUAAGUGAGACUGGGAAAGGAGCUGGUGCAGGAGAAGACAGGAAUUUGUUGUACUACUCCAAGUUAGGAUUAGUGAUCCCAUCUAGGGUCGCUGGUCCUGAAAACCAAAGUAUUGAUCGGAGUGGACCACUUGUAAAAAGUCUCCUUCGAAGGUCACUGUCCAUGGAUAGUCAAGUUCCCACUUAUUCAUCUUCUAUUGACCUGAAACUUUCCCAAGGAUCCACAGUGGUGAACAAAACACAAGGGAGAACUUUAAAUGUGAUACCCCCAAAGGUGUCUAUGAAAGAGUCUUCAGAAAAGGCAGCUCCUGAUGACACAACACAGGUAAUGCACCCACAUCGCCUUAGGUCCUUUAGUGCAUCCCAGUCAACAGACAGGGGAAUCAGUUCUCCUCUUAGGGAAAUACGGAUAAAAACUGAACCUAGCAGCCCACUGUCAGAUCCUUCUGAAAUAAUAAGAAUCACAGUGGGAGAUGCUUCAUCUGGCAAUAAAAACAGCCCAUUUAAAACUGAAGAUGACUUUAGAGAUCUCAGUAGAUUUCCAGCUAAAAGACGGUUUCAAGCAGACAGAAGACUGCCACUCAAAAAAAUUAAAGUGGAUGAACAUGUUCCCCCUGGAUCAGAGGAGAAUUCUGAGGAAAACGCAAAUCCUACACAGUUUGCUGACUACCCAGAUUCUGACAUUAGCAAAGGUGAAUGUAGUGAACUAGAAGAAACAAAACCUAAUAAAAAGUUUAAGUGCAAACACUGCCUUAAGAUUUUCAGGUCAACGGCAGGCCUUCAUCGUCAUGUCAACAUGUACCAUAAUCCUGAAAAACCAUAUGCUUGUGACAUUUGUCAUAAGAGGUUUCACACAAACUUCAAAGUAUGGACACACUGCCAGACACAGCAUGGGAUUGUGAAGAACCCUUCGCCUGCUUCUAGUUCACACAUUGUAUUGGAUGAAAAAUUCCAAAGGAAACUAAUUGACAUAGUGAGAGAGCGAGAGAUUAAAAAGGCUCUAAUUGUUAAACUAAGGCGUGGCAAGCAGGGACAGGCUGGUUCACAAGCACAACAAGUCAUUAAAAGGAACCUGAGGUCAAGGACCAGAGGAGCCUACAUUUGCACCUACUGUGGGAAAGCAUAUCGCUUCCUGUCACAAUUUAAGCAGCAUAUAAAAAUGCACCCAGGGGAAAAAACAGUUGGAGGAAAUAAGGCUCUUAAACCAAAAGAGGAUGCCCAUAUUGAGAGCCCAGUAGAAAAUAAAAAAGCUUAUCAGUGUCGUCUUUGUAAUGCUAAACUUUCCUCUCUCAUUGAACAGGGAAACCAUGAGCGGCUCUGCCGGAACGCAACCGUUUGUCCUUACUGCAGCCUUCGGUUUUCUUCGUUAGAGCUGAAACAUGACCAUGAAAUCACAUGUGAAUACAAGAAGCUGACUUGCCUAGAAUGUAUGCGCACUUUCAAAUCUUCCUUCAGCAUUUGGCGUCAUCAAGUUGAAGUCCACAAUCAAAAUACGAUGGCUCCAACAGAGAAUUUUUCUUUACCCGUUCUAGAACACAACGGCGAACUAAGUAGUGCUUCAAGGCUGCAUUCCCAGCCAGAGCCUAACAAAAUGAACAAUGUGGUGGCUGCCAAAGAAGAUGGUGUAUUCAGUGAUUCCUCAGAGCAAAUAAAUUUUGAUUCAGAAGACUCUUCCUGCCACCCUGAAGAUCUUAGUAUUUCCAAACAGUUUAAACUUCAAAUUAAAGAAGAACCUGCGGAUGAUGUUGAGGAGGAGAUUUCAGAAGGUAAUCCCGAGUCCAAGGAAGGGGUGGCUAAUAAAGAUACUGGUUUGUGGCCCUGUGAAAAGUGUGGGAAAAUAUUUACUGUACACAAGCAACUAGAGCGUCACCAAGAGCUUUUAUGCUCUGUGAAGCCCUUCAUUUGCCAUGUGUGCAACAAGGCCUUCCGAACCAACUUCCGUCUGUGGAGUCAUUUCCAGUCACAUAUGACACAAGCCGCGGAGGAACCUGUACGUAAAGAACCUGACAUGUGUGCAUCAGCGAAUUCGCCAUCACCACCACCUUUGCCUCCACCUCCACCACUUCCCAAAAUCCAGCCUUUAGAACCUGAUAGCCCAACAGGCUUGUCAGAAACCCCUUCAGCUACCGAGAAAUUAUUUGUUCCACAGGAAUCUGACACACUCUUUUAUCAUGCUCCACCACUUUCAGCCAUCACAUUCAAAAGACAAUACAUGUGCAAACUCUGCCAUAGGACAUUUAAAACUGCAUUUAGCCUUUGGAGCCAUGAGCAGACACACAAUUAAAAAGCAUUAAGAGUGCCUACAGGGAAGUGGUUUUUUGUUUUUAAAUCUGUUAAUUCCCAUGAUGUAUCUGAAGUUGCAACAUUGAAAUACAUGGCCAUACGUAAAGGGAAAAGAACCCUGAAUAACUGAAGUUGAUGUUCGUGAUGCUGCUUUGGUUGUGGAGAUUAAGGUAAACUAAAUGUAUUAUUGGUAGAGUAUUUCUCACUUUUUCAAGUUUGGUGGUCUAGGAUUUCCUAGUUAUACAACAAUUACAUUUAUUAAAAGUUGGUGACAUCUUCCUUUAUGCGAUACUGGUAUAUAUGGCUUCUUAUUAAAAGGAGCAGGAGUAAUGGGAAUCUUGAAACCAGUUUUGUUGUAUUCACAGUGCUUAACUCUCUGAUGAACUCCAUAUACAUAUUAGUCCUUCAUAUGAAGUUAAGGAGAAAAUGGUUUGAGGGCUUUGUUGUAUUGACCUUGAUCUUAUUGAAUGCUAGCAAUAAUAAAUAAAACCUCAUUUCAACUAA